UUGGCAUCUGCCUCUAAGGACAGCCUACAAGCAAGACAACAUGAGGACUGUCGGUUGGAGUAUUUUGGUUUUCAUGUUAGCCUCACCGGCUUCGGGUCAAGUAUCACAGGAUUGUUCAGCACCAGAUAAAUACCCGAACACCAAACUGGAGACGAAAUAUGCCAGGAGGCAGAAAUUCAGCCACAACGAGAAAGUUUACUACAGCUGUGACGACGACUUCACUGCUUUUAGAGGCAGCAGGGCUGUGCAGUGUAUUGAUGGACAAUGGACCAAACUGACUUUAAAAUGCGAAAAGAUAUCAUGUGGCAAUGCUGGUGAGCUACCCAAUGGAGAGUUCCAGUAUGAAGGGAAUUCAUACAUCGGGGAGAAGGUUUAUGCUGUGUGCAAUGAGGGAUACACUCUGAAAGGGCUGAACUACAUGAUAUGCAAAAGGUCUGGAUGGGCUGGUGAAUUCCCAUCAUGUGAAGAGGGAGGUAUCACCUGCCCAACCCCAGAAGUAGCCAACUCUGUGCAGAGAACUGGAGGUGUCUCUGCAUACCAGGUGGGAGAUAACCUGACCUUCGCCUGCAGUGAGGGUUUCCAGCUGAAUGGAGCUCAGCAGAUCACAUGUGACUCCAGUGGCCAGUGGAAGCCUCAACCUCCUCAAUGUGUUCCCAUACCUGAUGAUAAAAUUCAACCAUCACCUGCAGGUAGCUGUGGUGUGCCACCAGCUGUCAGCAACUCCAAUGUCCACCUUGCUGACAGGUUCAUUACAAAGACAUCUUUCUUUUCUGGGCAAAAGGUCUAUUACAACUGUGAUGUUGGAUACGUUGCAGCAGGCGGCAGAAAGUCUCGCCUCUGUAAUAAUGGGAAAUGGACACCACUGAAGCUUAAGUGUCAGCGAAAGCUUUGUGGCUCAGCUGGAGAUAUUCAGAAUGGACAGUUUGUAUAUACUGGAGUAGAAUUUGGAGAUACCGCUACAGCCGUCUGUGAUGAGGGGUUCAUGCUUGUGGGACAUGCAACCAGACACUGCAUGAAUAACGGCUGGAGUGGACGCAACCCUGUUUGUGAAGCUGCGGUGUGUGAGGACCCUCCUGAAGUGAGCAACGCAGAAAUAACUGGCCUUCAACAUGAACCUUACACAUACAAGAGUGUUAUUCGCUAUUCGUGUCGUGCAGGAACUCUUGUUGGAGAAAGGGAGAUUUGGUGUACUAAACAUGGGACAUGGAGUGCACCUGCACCAGAAUGCAAAGAAAUAACAUGUCCAUCACCAAAUGUGCCUAAUGCUUACUGGACAGGAAACCACAAUCAGAAGUUUCAGUACAGGGCCACUAUAUAUAUUGAGUGUAAUAUGGGUUAUGUCAUGAGUGGGCCAGGUACAGUGUACUGUGAACGUGAUGGCCGAUGGUUACCUGAGCUUCCCAAAUGUCAACGCAGACAUUUUGUCAACCGGUGGGGCUAAUUCCCCAGCUCUCAAACCUUAAACUUCCAUAUUCACCGCUAUCUGUCAAAACUAUUUAACAGCACUCAAUGGAUGAAAACAGUUAAGCUAACAUUGCAUUCUUACCAAAAUGCAACUUAUUAAAAAUCAACCUAAGCCAUUUGGGAUACCUAAUAACCUUAAAUUGUAUUAUACAUUACUAUACAGACAUUAAAACAUGUUUUAAAUGAAGCUGAAGUACAGUUUGUUUAUUUUGAUACGUGUUUGGGCAAGAACAGGUACAAACUUUUCAUUCACAUCUGUACAUAGGUUGGGUUUUUUUUUUUAUUCCUUACAGUUGAUAAUGUUAUGUGUAUCAUCUCUAGACUAAACGGUGAGUGAGCAUUUCAUGAACAAACAAGCUACAAGAAAAUAAGAACACCAAUUCCAUUCAUUUUAAAAAGACAAUACAAAAUCCAGACAUUUCUUUACAUGAGCAAUAACAAUUCAAGUGCAAAUAUCAUUAUCAACUCCGAUACAUCAUAGCAAACUCUUAUUUUAAAAGGCAACAAUUAAAGGGGGGGGGGGGG